AUGGGAAGUCAAUGGAUUAACAUUGGGUUACUCUGGCGAUUGGAUCUAGGCUUAAAACUCCUGCUUGAUGGUGUGGAUUACGGUAUCCAGGUUGUACAGUCCGAGAAGGUUUACAAGCCAAGACUAGCUCCUCCAUACAUUACUUUAGGCCGCUUCAACAUCGACGACCAGUCCACUUGGCUAUCACCAACCCAAGCCGACAUUGCCGAUGCCUCUGGCCUGAUCCAACCAUUCUGGGAGAUGGCCCACAUGGCAGUAAGCGAAAUAGCCUACCUGAACACCUACUCCACCCCGACGGAAUAUCGUGUCAGCCUACUCGGCUUCCUGGGCAACUCAAAAUUACGCAGCAUCUUUGCACCAAACUAUCAGACAAGUACUGGGCAUAUCUGGUAUGGCAUGGAGUUGAUAGAUGCUCGCGUUGUUGACUUGAUGGCAGCCGCUUCUCCUGAGAUUGGCUCUUCAAUCCGGCCUGGACCUGCUUUAUUCUCAAAGAACUCCAACUAUGUCUUCCUGAAAAAUUCGCAAGCAGUUGCCCUGUUUGCCGGCGCCAUGCUAAUACUGGGCACUUUGCCAAAUAACAGCUGUCCGGCUAAUUUGACGGAGUGCUCUACUGUAAGCAGAUUUAUCAAAAUAUCAACUAUGCUAACCUUUAAGGCUGGGGCAUCGGCGCUAAUGACAAAAUUCCGAUGA